CCGACGCGGAAGUAUACGGCAGAAACAGCCCAAUAUCCAUGCCACCCAAUAUCAAUGCUGCAUUUGAAGAGGUGUCUGCUAAUGAACGCACCGUGCGAUUUUGGAUUAAACGCUUUCGUGGUGGAAACUUCAACUCGAAGAACGAGCCACGAGGAAGACCGCCUGACAGGUGAUUAACGAGGAAUUAAGAGAGAUGGUGAAAGCCGAUCCUAGUCAAACUACGCAGAUACCCAGUCGAACACCGAAUAAUGUUGAAAAAAUUUGCAGUAAAACAGCCACGACUCAUGAAUCGACCUUCACCGUUAUUGCUCCAUGACUACGCGAGACCUCAUACAGCAAGAGAAACCUUUUUAACUCUUCAGGAACUGCAGUUGGAAACUAUUCGCCUUCCUCCAUAUUCGCCAGACCUUGCUCUAACGGACUACCAUUUUUUUUUGUGAUUUGGCCAAUUAUAUGCGUGACAAGAAGUUUUCUUCCCAGGAGGCAGCACAAAAUUCUUGCAGUCUAGAUCCUCAGAGUUCUAUCGUAAAGGCAUAAAUGACCUUCCUAUUAGAUGGCAGCAAUGUAUAGAUCAUAAUGGCAAAUAUUUUGAUUAAAUAAGUUUGUUAAAAAUUAAAAAAAAAAAAAAACAAUUUAGAUUUUCAGUAAAAAUCGGCAAUUUCAUACUUUAACCCCUAUUAUUUGUAAGAUUUGUACAUGGGGCGGUGUCAUUGAACAUCCUUGGCAGUCGUUACGGGUAGUCAGAAGCCAAUAAGUCUGACACCAGUCUAACCAAGGGGUAUCGGGUUGCCUGGGUAACAGGGUUGAGGAGGUCAGAUAGGCAGUCGCUUCUUGUAAAGCACUGGUACUCAGCUGAAUCCGGUUAGACUGGAAGCCGACCCCAACAUAAUUGGGAAAAAGGCUCGGAGGAAUGUACAUGGGGCGGCGGAAAUAAAGUAGCCUACAUUCUCUUUAGGAGUGGCUCGGGAGGAGUCAUGUCGCCCUCACGUACCGCAUGACGCAGGUCCUCACCAAACACGGUGUCCGGUGUGCCUGCAUUGAAUCGGUCUUGAGGAGGCGCCCGGGUGCGGACAGCUGUGCGGACAGCCCAGAGGACACGGUGGACCACGCAGUCCAGGUGUGCCCUGCGUGGGAAGGGCACCGCCGGGUCCUCGUUUAGGCUUUAGGCGGCGACGGCCUCUCGCAUCCAGCCCUGGUUCGGGCCAUGGUCCGGGGCGAGAGGGAGACGGCGGAAUGACAGAGAGUCCGCACCUCUCAUCCCGGCCGCCGCGCUGGACCAGGUAGACACCACGGGCGCCGGGUGUCCCGAAACGACUCCCAGCCACCGUUUUCAGUAUUUGUUGUUAUAGCGGAAACAGAAAUACAUCAUCAGAGAAAAUUUCAACUCUAACUAUCACGGGUCAUGAGAUCCCAUCGCAGCCUGGUGAUGGACGGACGGACAGAGGAGCGAAAACAAUAGGGUCCUGUUUUACCUUUUGGAUACGGAACUCUAAAAAGCUGGUAGUAGGCAGGUAUAAUCAUCGGCAAGGAUAUUAAGCCCUGACCUUCACCUGCGCAGAAGUGAUUUAUUGGUUUAUUGCCUUAAGUGUUCAGUGGGCAAAGCGAUCCCCAUUGUUCCGCCGAGAGCUCAUUAUCCGUGCCGAUAACUAUAAAUACCUAUCUAACAUCUGAUAUUUCAUGAUGUUGUCAUCAUCUAGUUAUGAUCUUUCAGUAAAUAAUCCUGAACCAGAACCACAACUCACAAGCUCGUAUUACGGAGACAUCCCUGUAAUUAAGUACCGAAAAUACGUUGACAACCAAAUAAAGUAGGUACUUAUAAAUGAAGAAUGAAACUUCCCAGAAGGCAAAGUGUUGUAGGCAUAGUACCCAGAGGCAGCGUGCGGCGCGGGGUCGGGGCGCGGGGCUCGGGGCUCGGGCGGGCAGGCGGCGCGCGGCAGUGGCGCGAGUGCGGAGGCGCGAUGCACUCGUUCGUGAGGGCGGCGACACUGGCGGCGCUGCUGGCGCUGGCGGCGGCCGCGGCGAGGCGCGCCGACCAGGACUUCGAGUUCGACGACGACGCGGAGGCGGGCAUAGCGGUGAGCGGUGCGCACUCGCGAAGGCCUCGUCGGUAUGUCUACGAUCCCCACAACUCGCUGUGCCGCUCGCUGGUGUGCAAGAAGCGCGAGGUGUGCGUGCUGCGCGACGCCUUCACUGCGCUCUGCGCUACCAAGAAGGAUAUACUGCGCCGGGGUGACAUAUUAGUGGCGGCUAGCGGCGGUGGAGGGGGCGGUGGAGGGGGCGGCGGAGGGGACGGCGAGGCGGGCGAGUGGGAGCGCGACGACGACGACGACGUGUUCUACGACGCACGCGACGCCGAGCCCGGCCUCGACGCAGACGACGCCAAACGGUGCGUGGGCUGCCCGGGCCGCGCGCGCGCGCAGUUCCUGUGCGGCUCCGACAACCGCACGUACUCGUCGCUGUGCCGCCUGGACCUGCACAACUGCGUGCGGCGGCCGGCGCAGCCCGUGCGGCUGGCGUGCCGCGGCUUCUGCCCGUGCCGCCGCCGCGCCCGCCGCCCCCAGCCGGAUUGGCGACGACGAAAAUCUGAAUCAUCUCACAAUGAAGUUCUGCCCGAAAGGCAAUCCAGACGGCGCCUAGCUCAAGGAUCCGAAGGCUGUGCACUGGACAAGAUGGCGAAUCGACUCUUAGACUGGUUUUCGGUGCUGAUGGACGAAGCGGGAGCGACGGCUCCUCCGGCAGACGGGUUCCCCGGCGACUGCAAGCCGGAGGUGCGCUGGAUGUUCGCGCACCUGGACGCGGACGGCGACGGGCUGCUGUCGGCCGGCAACCUGUACGCGCUGCGGCACGACGAGCGCGAGCGCUGCCUGCGCCCCUUCCUGGCGUCGUGCGGCGCCGCCGUGUCGCGCGCGGCGUGGUGCGGCUGCAUGCGGCGCGCGGCGCGGCCGUGCGCGGCGCUGGCGCGGGCGCACCCCGCCGCGCCCGGCGCCUACGUGCCGGCGUGCGACGCGCGCGGCUACUACCGGCCGCGCCAGUGCCACGCGGCGCUGGGCGUGUGCUGGUGCGUGGACGCGCACGGCCAGGAGCUCGCCGGCUCGCGCACCAAGGGCGCCCCCGCCUGCCCCGGCGAGAAGGGCUCGGAGGGCGCGGAGGGGGCGCCGGCGGACGACGAGGACGGCGGCGGCAGCGGCGACGCCGAGCUGCGCUUCUAGCCGCCCGCGCCUGCCAUCCGUACACACACGAAGAGCGCUGUCGGAUAACUCCAUUGUACUUACAAGUCUUCCACAGAAGACUUCUCUCAAAUCAUACCUACCUAAUGUAGGCAUUGUACGUAACCACUCUGACAAAGGAAACCUAGCCACUGAACGUGUGAACAAAAGCCGUGAAUAUGUAUAAAAUAUUUACAAGUUUAGCUACUUAGGUAUACCUACAAAUUAAUGGUACAAAGGUACCUCUUUACUUAGGUACGUAUCAAUAAUAGGCACCUAUAAAAGUGCGUAGGUACCUACAUAGGCCACUAUCGUGAAGGCAACAGGUAAGUACCUACUUACCUAGAAUUUAAGCACUACCUUCUAAUUAUGAAAGGGAUGUAUACAACAUACCUAAUUAAUGGUAGGUACAGCAGGCUAUGUAACAACUCGUAGUACCCACAUAUUUCAAUGUAGAAGAAAUAAAAUGUCUAUAAAUAGGUAAACAAUAAGCUGUUACCUAUAUUCACGUUAUAUAACCCUGUAUUCUAUAGUUGUCCAGGGUGUGAGAUUAAUAGGUGACUAUUUGGCCUAAUUCAUAAUCUUCUAAGAUUAAUCUAUGCAUUACUUAAUUGAUCUAUUUUAUUUACAUGAUUAGCCGUCCUCCACAAAUCUGAAAGUUAUAGGUCAUACUCAUACUAUAAGAAGUCCUACAUAAAUUAAGCUGAUAUUCAGUCACUGCCCAUGUAGUAAUUUUUGCAUUGUGACACAUUGUGAAGCUGAACUUCUGAAAUGUAUUUUAAUUUUUUACAAAAUUAAGUACCUAUACUGGUUAUUUAGUACCUACCAACUACUUAUUUUAUGCUGUGCUGUACACUGCAGAUACCUAUGUACUUGUGUGAAGUAGGCAGGUAUAAGAUGUGUCAUGAAGAGUACUGUAAACACGUUUUUAUGAAAGCUUUGCAUAUAAAUAUAUGUACAUACAUAUGUAUGUUUGUAAGGAAA